AGAGCCCGCCGCCCCGGAACUGCCCUGCGAGGAAGAGGAGGAGGAGGAGGCGCAGAGAAAGCAGGACCUGGCGGCCAGGAAGCCCGGGAAGCCUCCCUCGCCCGCUGCCCCGGACAGGAGCUGCUCUCGAGUGGAAGCGCAAGGGGCGACACCAUGCCUCCUUCAAAAGAUGUUGUGAAAAUUGCGGUCCAAAUGAUGGGAGCGAUCCCUCAGCUCAUAGAACUCAACCAGGCCAAACCAUUGUCUGCGGUUGUGAAAGAGGUGUGCGAUGUGUGGAACCUGAAUAAUUCUGAGCGUUAUGCUCUUCAGUACGUGGAUGGCCAGCAAGCAUACAUCACAGAAUCGAAUCGUGGAGAAAUCAAGAAUGGGAACAUCCUGCAACUGACUACUGCUCCAGAUCAAGAGGCAGCAAAGUUGCAUGGUGGGAUUCAAAGCAACAACUUCGAUGUAAAAUCCGACUCUCUGAAGAAGCUCGCGUCUCUCUCCCGGGAUGUUGCCUUUGCACAGGAGUUCAUUAGCAGGAAUGGUCUCAAUCAGCUUUUUCUUAUUGUGGAAGAGGAUAAAACGAUAGGAGAGAUUCUGGCCUAUGCUUUGAAGGCCUUUGUGGAGCUGAUGGAGCACGAUUUUGUGUCCUGGGAGACGCUCAGUCCAGCUUUCAUCAAAAAGAUUGUUGGUUACGUCAACAUAGUUCCAAUGGAUGCCUCCAUCCAGCAGAUAUCUCUGGCCAUUUUGGAGAACAUGGUGCCAACCAGCCAUUCCCUCUUUGAACUGGUCAAGCAACAGGUGACCCUUGAGCGACUCAUCUCCCUUCUGCAAGUAAUGAACCAGCAGCUGCAGCUAAAAGCGAUGGCACUUCUUAUCGCUCUGCUUCUUAAUGCCAGCGAGUCAGAGAGAAGGGACAUGAUGGAGUAUCUGGGGGAGAAGAACCUCAGGCAAUUUAUCCACAAGAAUAUUGUCCAUGCCUCAGAGCCAAUUGGAGAUGAGAUGGCCCAUUAUCUUUAUGUGCUGCAAUCCCUCACAUUGACCCUCUUAGAGUGCAGGAUGAGGACCCCAAUGGAUCCCUAUUCACAGGAACAAAGGGAGCUCCUACAUUCCCUGCGCCACGCAGCCUUUGUGUCUGAGAAUGAAUCUUCUGCUGGCAACUCAAACACUGAACGUCGCCAUUCCCUUUGCUCCAAGGAGUUCCGCAAGCUAGGCUUUAUGAAUAAUAGUAACCCUGCAAUGGAUCUGCACCGCAUUCCUCCUGGACUGCUCGCCCUAGACUGCAUGGUCUAUUUUUCCAGACACUUCCCCAGUGCCUACAGCAGGUUUAUUCUUGAGAAUAGCAGCCGAGAAGAUAAACAUGAGUGCCCGUUUGCCCGGAGUAGCAUCCAGCUUGCCUUCACACUCUGUGAGAUCCUUCAUGUGGGAGAGCCUUGCUCUGAGACCGCCCAGGCCUUCUACCCCAUGUUCUUUGGACAAGAACAUUUUUUUGAGGAACUGUUCUGCAUCUGCAUCCAGCUGUUAAACAAGACCUGGAAAGAGAUGCGUGCCACGCAGGAGGAUUUUGACAAGGUGAUGCAAGUAGUCCGUGAACAAAUUACCAGAACCCUGGCCUUAAGGCCCACUUCGCUGGAGCUUUUCAAAAGCCGAGUGAAUGCCCUCAACUACAGCGAGAUCCUGCGUCUCCGGCAGACAGAACGGAUGCACCAGGAGGAGAUCCUUGCAGCGCCAGUCCUGGAACUGAGAGAGCAGCUGAAACCCGAGCUCCUCAAGCUAAUCCAACAGCAGAGACUCCUGCACCUCUGCGAAGGGACGCUGUUCCGUAAGAUUAGCAGCCGGCGCAGACAGGAUAAGCUCUGGUACUGCCGCCUUUCGCCCAACCACAAAUUUCUGCAUUAUGGAGAUGUUGAAGAAGGCAUAGAAAGCCUGCCCAUUGAGAGCCUGCCUGAGAAAGUUCCUGUGACAGACAUGAAAGCGCUACUCAUUGGCCGGGAAUGUCCACACACGAAGGAGAAGAGCUCCGGGAAGCAGAACAAGGAUCUCCUGGACCUUGCCUUUUCCAUAAGCUAUGAUGUUGGGGAGUAUCUGAAUUUCAUUGCUCCCACACGGUAUGAGUUUUGCUUGUGGACUGACGGCUUGAAUGUGUUGCUGGGCCAAGAUAUGGGGAGUGAACGGACACAGAGCGACCUGGACAUCUUACUAUCUAUGGAGCUCAAGUUGCGGCUACUGGAUCUGGAGAACAUCCCCAUCCCGGAUGCCCCACCUGUCAUCCCAAAGCCCCCCAGCAACUUAAACUUUUGUUAUGAUUUCACCCACAUAGAACAGUAAGGGCUGCCUCAGCCCAGUGUCUCCUGUCAAAACAUAGGUGUCUUGAGCAAAUGGUACACUGCUUCUGCAAACCAGAUCACAAAUGUGCCAUGCGCUUCCCUCUCUCCUUUUGCCUAGCCAUGGGUUUCUGCAUUUCCAAGUUUCCUCUAAAACUUUUUGCCAUGACAUCACACCAAUGAUGAUAAAACCCUAACCUGCAAACAAUUUCAAACUCUGGUUUCAGAUCAGUUUUAAGAUUGUAGAUAGACUUUUUAAUCUAGGCAUCACAGCAGAAUAAAUUGUAGCAAACCACACUUCUCAAGAAAUGGGGAGAGGAAGAAGUGAACUAACUCAUGGCAUGUUUUCAGGUCUUCGGUUUAAGCCUUGAUAUGGGCAGUGUUUCAGUUUGUAAUUCUGAAAUCAAAAGAUUUGAUUCUUUUUUUAAAUUGUCAAAUCUGAAUGUCUGCCUAUAGGUUCAAUUUCCCCCCUUUGUAACGGUACCAUUUCAGAUAUCUCAGAAGUUUGAAUUUUCCUUUGAUUUGUUUUUCAACUGUUUGGGAACAUACGGAGAUGGAGAACAGAAUUUAACUGCGGUAUCCAUUCACUGUUUUCUACAAAGCUGUAGCUAUUACAAGCACUAGGAGGCUGCAGAUCCUGGGUUGCACUCUUUGAGACUUUAUUCCAAGACCCACAACGUGAUAGGCACACACACAGAUGCUCCAAACCGAUAGGGAAAGAUAAAUAGUUUUUGGAGUUGUCUGUAUUUCACUGUUCUUUAAGGAGGUUGUUUCAAUCAUACAGCUCACCUAUUUUAUACCAAGUAAGGGAACUUAAAAUCCCCAUAUUCAUUUGUAAACUAGACAUUUAUCAUCCCACAUGUUGUUAACCUUUGACUGAAGAGUCAGCAAGAUUUGGGGGACUGAUCUGUCCCUGUGCUUUUCCCAGGAAGAAAAUGGGCAUAUCCUCCACCCUGGUUUUUUGUCUCUAACCAUACAGCUUCUUUCCAUUUCCUUGGUUUUAUUUAGCCUGAAAUUCUGUUGAAAUAUGUUCUGCCUUUUGCUAUGUUUUGCGAAGCAGAAGCUAGCACUUUACACAACUGGCUGCUUGGGAACAGUGAGCCUCAUGGGUAUAAGGAACAGGAGAGAUAGGGAGGCAAGACACUUUAUUCAAAAAUGAUAGCAUCACUUUCAGGGAUCUUUCUUUCCACAAUCACAUGGUAUGGGGAAGUUUCUAGUGGCUCCUCUUUCAAGAAUGUUUCUCUUAGGAAGCUCUUAAAAGCAUGUGUCUUAGGGGGAAAAUCUCUGAAAACGAAUCCAACAUUUUCUAGAAAACGUUCAGGACUUGUUACAUGCCAUUUAGUAGCCGAGACUAUGUGCAUUCCCUGAAACAUUUCCUAAAUUUUAUGCCUACAGAUGUUGGAUUAUGUGGCUGUUCAAAUAAUUGCUCUUACUGACACAUUUCAUUGUGUUUUUGUCAGGCAUAGAGAAGUAGCAAGAAACUCUACUGUCAGUGAAGCUACAGCCUUGCCACUGACUACCUUGUUGGGUUCCCCAGCCUGUCAAGACUUUACCAGGCACUCCCCACAUACUUCAGUCUUACUGUCACCCACAAAAGAGCUAGAAAUAUCUCAGGACACAGACGUUUUUGCAGAUUCCCGCGAUUGAGACACUCAAGACACGUACACAGUGCCCCACUGCAGCAACUCAUAGAGCAGUCAUGCUCAGUAUUCUAGAAGGAGCCUGGGAAAAUUGAUUGUUUCUAUUGUUUUUCGUGUGAAUUCUGUAAAUAUAUCACUUUUUUAUACUCUUGGCAGUAUUUGCCUCUUUGGAAAGUCCAUUGCACUGGAUCGACCAUUUCUCUCACCUCAUGUAUCAAUCACUUUUGUCCCAUUGUACACUGACUUAAAAGGAAAGGAAACCUUCUCUCCCUCAGUUGCUUCUGUAAAGGGACUUCCCGCUCAGGUGCUUCUACUGUAACUUGUUCACUGUGGUACUGCCUUUGGGAAGGAGGCCUUAAUAAUUAAAAACAAAGCUAAAGGGAACAA